AUGCUCAAGAUUUCACUCUCGUUUAUUCGUUGCAUCCCAUCGUCAUCAAGCACGUUCAAAUCUAACCUAAAAACAUCAUCUCUAAAUUAUCAAAAUAUUACCACUAUAACAACAUCACAUCUCCGAAGGCAGAAAACUUAUUAUCUAGGAUUAGAUAUUUCAUCUUCUAAAACUGGAUAUUCAAUAUUAAAUGAGACCGGAACGACUUUAGAAUGUGGUUUGAUUGAUACAUCUCACAUCACAUCACUGCAACAAUUUGGAUUGUUUAUGAAAGAAAAUUUCAGAAACAUUUCACAACGAUAUUCUCGGAAAUCAUCAAAUGACGAUGAAUGGAUCGUAGGCGCUGAGGAAUUUUUGUUGAAAUUUAACGCUAAAUCAUCCGCAAAUACCCUUGCAAAAUUGGCAAAUUGUAAUACUCUUGCUUGUUAUGAAUGUGCCAAUGAAUUACCAGUAAAAAAGCUCAUGAAAUGUAAUGUAAGAGCUGCACGAUCCUUCUUUUUGAUCAAGGAGGAUGUCGACAAAAAAUCAAAACAAGCAAACAAAACCAUCAAGAAACAAGUAUUCAACUCAUUGAUACAUUUACUUCCCUCAACUUAUCAAGUUCGACAUAAUAGAAUUGGAGAAGUCCAUGAAACUAACUAUGACGUCACGGAUUCAUUGUUAAUUGCCUUGUAUACUUUUGUGAGAUACAAUGUUUGUGACAAGAAUAUUGAAAUGUUGAUGAAAUUCGUCCAAGAACAAAAAGAUGAUGCGUUCAAAAAUCAAAUUAUUCAGCUAUGUGAUACAAUGAAUCCAGAUGAGACUGCAACCAUGAAUGACUCUCAAAAACUUCAUUAUAUUAUUACGAAUUAUGAUACGGCAAAAGAGCACUUAUUCACAGUGUUUAAGAAGAAGAUUCAAAAGGAAUAUACAACAAAAUUUAAUAUAAAUAGAAGGGUAAAAUUGGAACAUUGA